GGCCACACUGUUGUCAAGGCGGCAAAACAUAGAAACAUUAUUUACAAAACACACCAAAUAAAUUCCUUCGUUUUUCUCGGUUUCAUGGUGCUUAUUUUGCCUUUUGCAAUAACUAAUUAAGAAUAUUGUUCCGAUUUCAAUGCUUCGUAACACUGUGAAAGACUAUAUUCUUGAGAGCUGUCGUUUGAUUCCAUGAAUAUCCUUCGUAUGACGGUAUGUACAUCGCUGCAGGACUAUCGAAACUAGUGGCACUACGGCAACCGCAAGUAGAGCAUCCUCUUUGCAGUCCUGAUUUCUACCACAACAAGGAAGUCCCAGUCCACACCAGUUGGAAUCAGUUUGAAGUGUGGUGAAGAAGUAGCCAUCAUGGACACUAGUUCGAGAUCUGAGCAAAAGAUAACUUUGGUAACACCCCGCCGAGUGUUGAAAACUACCAGUGACAAGGAUCGAAGGCGCAUAAUAUCGGCCUUUGAAAAGGGUGUCUCGGCAUCAGCCAUCAGUAAAAUUCUAAACAUAAAGCAAGGCACGGUGUAUGGAAUCAUAAAAAAUUAUAAAGAACGUUUGCAGAUUGAUUCUAAGAAGCGCGGGGGACAAAACCCCAAAUUGUUGACACCAGAAGCAAUAGAUAGUAUACAUCGCUGGGUAGACGAAAAUGAGUCCGUCACGCUAAGGGUACUGACGGAACGAGUGUUUAAGGAUCACGGUCUGCGCGUAAGCUCUACCACGGUAGCGCGGGAAGUCAGAGCGUACAAAAAUCCGACAAAGAUGCCAAAAAUUCAGUACCGAUGCGAUCGAUGCACCUUAAACCACCAAACCGAGGAAUGUCCGUUUGACGAUGAAGUAAUUGAAGGCUUGAAAUGUUCCACCUGCAAUGAACCACAUGGUGCAAAUGAUUCGCAGUGUCCUACGCGCAAAGACCCGUUCGCGACGAGUCCACUCCCAAGCGAGGAAAUUGAGCAUGAGGAAAGUUCGACACAAUCUUCGCUGGACGCAUUGUCACCGCUGAAAGCUGAACCGUCCUGGCCAUCGUCCGCAACUCAAAGCCCUGCACGGGAAACUAGCAUCGUGACUGCAACACCGUUAAGUUGUCAAAACGACGUUUCUCACAUUAUCAUCGAAGAAGCGGACGCACUGUCUACUUCCACCGAUGCAAAUUCCCUGCACGAUCCUGAAACCCUGUUGACCAUUUUCAAAGAGAUGAGCGCCAAACUCAGGGCCUGCCGUACGAAGGCGGAUCAAAUCCAAGUACUGGGAGAGAUCAUUAUUCGUUACGGAUAGGUUGAGUUAUAAUGACCGGUUUGCAACGCUAAGCAUGGGCAGUGCCAGGGCAAUGAAAUACCAACGUUAGUAAAGCGUUGGACAUUAGGACCACUUGCAACAGUGAACGUUUUCAGUUGACUUCGGUUUGUCAACGGCAUGGGAUAUCAUCAUCAUCAUCAUUGGAGAACCGAAAUAUUGAAAGUACAGUCUGUUACCGAGUUACACGGUUCUCGACUUACGCGAAUUCGGAGAUACGCGGUUCUCUAAAUUUGACAGAUUAAAUGUCAAAUCAGUACAAUUUGCUUCAAGUUUGGACAGACAGACUGUGUAAUCCUAUCACUAAAAUAUAAGCUGGGCUAAUAAUCCUUGGGGCUAUCAAAUCGAUGGGGAACAAAGAACAAAAAAAAGAUUCGACAACAGAGAAAACAAAACACAAGCAAAGUGUUGCAAACCUUCUAGCAUAAAUCUAGAAGUUUAUAUAAUUUUCGACUAAACCACAGCGUAUCUAGUUGAUGUAUUAAACUAAGUGAGGCGACUGUACAUAUUAAUAUCUUAUUCUUAGAAUUAUUAUUGUUUCCGUGAUUCUUCCCAAUCUCUUGUAAUGCAAAUGCAAAUAAAAGUAUUUAGUUUUUAAAUAA